AACAGAGAAUAUAAACAGAGACGCAACGCGACGAGAGUACACAAACAUUGGCGUCUCUGACCAUCGACCAUGGACAAAUCCACAGUGUGGGCUCCUUCUUUAUGGCUGGACAUAUUUGAUGAGUUGGUGUAUGAUGACAAUGAGCUGGACAAUGAAGACCAGUGGACUCUCAACUUCAACUACAGCCAGACAGACAAACUCACUGCAAAGGAACGGAAGGAUGGUUGGAAAAUCACCUGUCAACAUGUCAAUGGAAGAUUCCAAUGCGACUCCUGCUACAGGACCUGGUCCUCAGUAAAGGUGGUGGUGGUGUUCCGCUACCGGUUGCGAGGGAGCCGAGGGACAGUGAUCAUGCGGCCUUUCCGUCAAAUGUGUCGCCAGUGCGACAGCAAUCGCUUUAAUCUCCCUGGUUUCUCAGACAAUGCUGUUGAAGAGAGUUUGUUAAGGCUGUUUUCCAAAAUCUGGAAAAAUUGCUAUGGGGUUGAAGAAGAUAGUGAUGAUAAUUCAGAAAAUAACUCUAACAAAUACACAACCAAACCACAUGAGGCAUCACUGUGUGAAGCCUGCAGUCAGGGCAUCUGCAAGCAGGUCGAGGAGUGUGUUUGAGAGUUUUUCUUUCUUUUCUGUUCUUUUCUUUCUUAUUUCUUCCUUAUUUCUUUCAUUUUCAUUCAUUUUAAUGUUGUCAUAUAUGUUCUGGGAAACAUUUUUUGUACACAGUUCAAAGAUCUUUAUCCUAUAUGUUAUUUUGUUGUUUUGAAUCUUUCUAAUUAUG